CAUCACAUCUAUACAUUGACCCUGGCAGGACUGAGCAGCAAAAAUGCCGGUUUCUACUGGUGUCAGUUGGAGAUUGCUGAGGAAAAGGAGUCAAACGCUGCUGCGAGAAAUCUGCUGCCAUCCGAUAAGUGUCGUGUUGGGGUGGAUGAUAAGCUCGUUGGUUGUGAGUAUGGAGAACACAAAGACGAAUGGAAAUGCGCUCAGACUCUAGCCACAGUUACUAAUGAAGAUUCAGAGGAUGUGGAUGCAUACGGCAGCAGGGCACCAGAACUGCUUGCCACAGUUCAGAGACCUUCUCCUACAGUGACUCUGCACGAUACCAGUGGGAGGAAGACCCCUCCAAUCAAGAUGCAGUGGACAGUGAUGGAAGUCGUUUUAUUCGUAGUGGUUCUGCUGUGUGUAGCAAUCAUAGUACUCUUGCUGGUGUGUGUCUUUAUCAAGAGGAAAAGAAAGAGAGCAGACCCAAGGACGCCUGAUACGACAAUUGUUUUGAAGCAAUUCAAGAACAGCUCGGAUAAAGAGGCUUCCGCUAUCGGCCAUGCUCGGUACACGCCAGUCAGCACCCUCACCCGAACCCACCCUAUCCCCCAGCUGGCGUCUGAGUGGUGUAAAUCCUCCAGCACACUACAGAAAGAAGACCCGAUCUACUCCAGUCCCUACCAGCACCUAAACACAACCAGCAUGGACUACACCAACAUGUACUCCAAACUCCACCAGUGAUGUCACAACUAUACACUCGGCCACCUCAAAGACUAAAUCCCCCUGCAUAGUCACUGACCUGUGAACUGUUAUGCUGCAUGGAGUUUUGUUGUACGUAUUCAUCACCUGCUUUCUAACCAAGGAAAUCACUUGGUGAGAGUCCCACCAGGUGGUGAAUACAGUUGUCUUGGUCUUCAAGUUAUCUGUAAUCGUGCAUUAAUCUCGCUGCAUCAUCUCAGUGUUUUUACUGCUUG